AUGUCAACAGUAUCGAAAGCAGGAUCGAACUAUGCCUUGAAGCAAUCUCUCUGGAGCCAAUUUCGGACUGCAUGGUGGCCUAUCUUUCGUCUGGAUCCUGAGACAGUCUCUGGAAGGACAGUUCAACAGAGGCGUCUGCUUAACCAGGCCUUUGCGGAUGUCGUUGGAGCCUGUAAUUCUCUCUCGAUUGUGACAAUAGAGUCUGGUCUGUCUGAUUGCAUUUCCACUCUGGUCCGCAACAUCGAUGCUGGCGAUUAG